AUGAAUGGCAGCUCCGCUGGCGGCGCCUCUACGGGCGAGGCGUCGGCGGCGCGGUUCCUCCUCUCCGGCGCCACAAACAAUCCCAACACCUCUUGGCUCGACUACUUUGGCCUGCCAGACGACCUCGGCGAGUGGACGAUCGACGACGUCCGAUCGACGGUUGCGACGAUGACCAUCACAGUGGCGGACUUUGAGCACUAUCUGGCGACCGUCGGAGAGCCGUUCCGGUUCCUCGCGACUCACCGCCCAAACGGCGGGGGAGGAGGAGGAGGAGGAGAGGGCGAGGCGCUCUCCAACGGGCACGGCGGAGGCGCAGCGGGCAACGGCGGGCGGGCGAUCGCUGCCGACGUGACCGAGCGGCUCGGCGCGUCUCCUCAGUCGUGCGCCGUCCCGCAAGUGGUGUUUGAGGAGCGGUUCGACCUCACCGACCCGAGCACCUUCGCCGUCUUCUCGCCGGAGGGAGCGCCGCACGCCACUCUAGUGACGAUCGAGCGGAUGACCAACUACCUCGACCAGGUCGAGAUCACGCUGCUGGGCGAGGUCUCCUCGCGAGCGGAAGGCUUCUUCGAGGCGCUCGUCUCGUAUGACCGGCUCGGCGCCGAGGUCGAGGCGGGCGUGCGGCAGCUGGCGGCGAUGCGUGAGCGGCUGCGAGACCUCGAGACCAACUUGGUGCACCAGCCGCUGCACCUGCCUCGCCUCGUGCGCCGCCGCUCCAACACAGUUGCGCUCGACGAGAAGCUGCGGCUGCUGCUCGCCGUGGUACAGACGCAGCCCACCAUCCACCAGCUGCUGGCGGCGGGCGACUUCCCCGGCGCUCUGGAGCUGAUCGCGUCGUCGCAGAGUCUGCUGGCGUCCGAGCUGUCUGGAGUGAGUAGCCUCGCAGGGAUCGCCACGGGCUUGGAGGAGACCAAGGCAGUCAUCGAGCGGACUAUGGCGCAUGAGCUGAUGGAGGUGGCGCUCGGGUACGACCCGUCGCAAGGUCCGCCAGCCAUGCCUGUCGAGGCACUCUCGUCGGAGCUCGACGUCCGGCUGGAGCUCGAGCCGCGCGCGUACGAGGGAGUGAUGGCAUCGAUCGCGGCCCCGCUGCUGGUGCUGCUGCGCCGCGCCUCCGCGAUCGACGCCACGCUGCAGCGGGCGUCGUCGGAGCUGUGCGGAGGGCUGUGUGACAUCGCUGCGGAGCGCCUCUGCGCCUUGGCGGACGACUUUGCCGCCGACGUUGCGCAUCUGAGCGGAAGGGGCUGUGCGGCGGUGUCGGCGGAGGCCGCGGCGCAGGCGAAGGCAUUCGUGGACGCCCUCCUACUCAUUCACUACUUCAUCCGCGUAGCGACCAAGAAGCUCGAGGCGACGGUGGAGCAGGAGGCGUGGGGGCAGGUCGAGGUGCCGGCAGAGUACCAGCGGCUCGUCGACUCCAUCGCCGCCAACCAAGUGCCGGAGGCGCCGCCCGCAUCCGCCGCCGACCACCUCUCGGCCGCCGCCGCCGUCUCCGCGGCGGUCGGGUCGGCGGAGGCGGAGCCGGAGGCGGAGCGGCAGCCGAGCCGCGCGUCGGACAUCGUUGUCUCGGGCGCGGGGUACAAGGUGGUCGGCUCGGGCCUCAUCCUCCUCUCCACCGUCGUGCACUACCUGCAGUGCGGCGCCGCGGUGCCCGCCGUCGCUCCGCCCAUCGCGCACGCGCUCCCCGUGCUGCUGCGCGGCUACCACACCCACGCCUACAAGCAAGUGCUGAUGGCGGGCGCGAUGCUGCCGACCUCGGCAGGACUCAAGUCCAUCUCCUUCAAGCACCUCGCGCUCUCCUCGCAAAGCCUCGGCGUCCUCCUCGCGCUGCUGCCGCACCUCAAGGCGAUCCUCGCAGCCUACCUGCCGGAGGCGCAGCGGCACGCGCUCAAGGAGUUCGACGGCGUCGAGUCGGACCUCGAGGCGCACCAGCAGCAGAUCUUCGCAAAGUUCGUCUCCAUCCUCGAGGAGCGGCGCCGCGGGCGAGUGAAGGACCUCUCCGCCGCGCUGGCGCCGCCGCAGGCGGGCGCACAGCGGCAGCCCGAGCCGUCGGCAAACAUCAAGGCGGUGGCCGCCGACUUGCGCGCCGUGUACAAGACGCUGCGCGACCUGCUGACGCCGCAGCAGCUGCACAAGGUGUUUGAGCUGAUCCUCACUGCCUUCGACGCCGGCCUCCUCGAAGCGUACCGCGGAGUCGACACGGCGCCCGCCUUUUCGCGGCAGUGCAUCGUGCAGGACGUGCAGUUCUUGCGCAAGGAGGUGGCGCGGCUGCACCUCUCGCUGCCAAGCGGCUGCUGCCCAAACCUGGUCGCCUUCGCGCUCGCGCUGCCGACCAUGUCCAGUUUUAACGUGACCGAGGACGAGCGUCCCGACCGGACCCGCUUCGGAGUCGGGGACUUCUGA